AUUACUAAAAAAGAACAAGAAAAAAAGAGCUCAAAACCAGGAGAAGAACUUUCCCAAAACAACCCAAAAAAUGAUACGUACCCCCACAAAUCCUGCUUUUCUAGACCCCCAAAUCACAAACAAGACAGAAAGCAAACCACCCAAUUCCCAUUUCAGCCAAUGGCCGGAUUCCUACUCAUCGUAUCGGAUCUCAUCAUCUCAUUCAUGUGGGUGUGGUCAGGAGCUCUCAUCAAGGUCUGUGCGCGUCAGAUAUUGGGUCUAGAAACCCAAACAAAGGUGGAGAUCUUGAAGGGAGUCCUUUCUGUCCUGUGUAUGUUCUUUUUUGCGUGGCUGGGGAAGAUAAGCAAUGGUGGGUCCUACAACCCUCUGACAGUAUUGCCAGGUGCCAUUUUUGGGAGUUUCAGUGGGUUUCUCUUUACUAUGGCUGGUAGGAUUCCUGCUCAGGUAAUUGGAUCUAUAAUUGGGGUUCAGCUGAUCAUCCAAACCUUUCCUGAAGUGGGCCAUGGGCCUCGUCUAAAUGUUGAUAUUCAUCAGGGAGCAUUAACUGAAGGAUUACUCACAUUCAUGAUCGUGGUCAUUUCUCUUGGAGCUUAUAAGAGCAAUGCUAACAGUUUCUUCAUCAAAACAUGGAUUUCAAGUAUCUCCAAGCUGGCUCUCCAUAUAUUGGGUUCCGAUCUGACAGGCGGAUGCAUGAACCCUGCUUCUGCAAUGGGCUGGGCUUAUUCCCGAGGAGACCACAUAACUAAGGAACACCUGUUCGUGUACUGGCUCGCCCCGCUUGAGGCAAUGCUGUUAGGUAUUUGGACAUUCAGGCUGUUUGUUCAACCCCAAAAGCAGCAGAAACAGGAAAAAGAAGAGAAAGCUAACAACAAGAUAACCAAAUCAGACUGAAAAAUUUCACUGCUGGGGGAUGCCUAACCUGUUCAUCUUUUUUUCUUCUCUUUUUUGUCCUUUUUUUCUCCCGUUCUUGCCAUCCCACUUGGAUCCAACCAGCCAAGAAGGAUCCUCUACAGCUAAUUUCCACAAGAGAUCUCAGCCAUCAUUCAUGCUCUGAUUACCAGGCCUUCUAUUUGUUUUCUCUGACUGAUUUUUCCAUACCAUCAUCAGAGUUUGUAAAUUCAGUGUAAUCAGUUUCUCACUCAGGCUUACUGCCUUGAAUUUUCCUUCUAACGAAUCUCUCUGCGGCCAUGUGUUAAUCUA